ACGACGAGCGCAACUUUGCACUCUUCGCCAGUUUUCCCGUAAAUUUAGCUUGAUAAUCAUAGAAAACACAAUUGUUGAAGGAUAUUCAAGUGACCAACAUGGACCCUAUUGGUUUAUUUAACUGUGGUGCCAGGUUAUUUCAGAGUAAAAGAAGAACCUUCUGAUAUCCCCACUACUGAAAAUAAUAGUGAAGUGAUUGUGACGAGAACCACAAUCUUAUAAACACUGAACUCUUACCAAUUCCAUGAGAAAAUCCAACCCAAGGGUUUCGAAAAUGUGAUGGAAAUCAAGAAACUGAACUCAGCAACGAAAUGGAAAUUGUUUUUGAAUGUGAAGACGUCAAGCCCAAAAUUGAUUCAUUCAUCGUUAAAAAAGUUGAAAAUUACUCUCCAAAUCAUUUGCAUAAUGAAAAAGGUGACAACGUUUAUAAAGGCCAAAACAUUAUUAAAAUGGAACCUACGGACGAAGUAAAACAAGAAUUUUUGAGUGACAACGCAGAACAAUUAAAAUUGAAUUCAGACUGUAAAGUUCAACAAAAGACAAAAAGGAAUAUUAAGAAAAAAUUUAACAAAAAACUUAACCUCAAAACACACAUUGGUGCUGGGCAUACUGAUACAACCCGCUCAUGCGAUACAUGCGGCAAAACAUUUUCACAACGAUGGACUCUUAAAGUCCACAUUAAUUCAGUACAUAGGGGUAUCACACAGGCGUGUGAUAUUUGCGGCAAGAAAUUUUCACGAAAAAGUCAUCUUAAAAAACACAUUGAUUCAGUGCAUUAUGGCAUAAAACAUACAUGUCUUAAAUGCGGCAACACAUUUUCACAGCAGUAUAAUCUUAAAACCCACAUUGAUUCAGUGCAUAAUGGUAUCACACCUACAUGUGACGUUUGUGGAAAGUCAUUUUCAUACAAGUGUAACCUAAAAAAACACAUUGAUUCAGUGCAUAAUGGUAUCAUACCUACAUGUGACGUUUGUGGAAAGUCGUUUUCACACAAGUAUAACUUAAAAAAACACAUUAAUUCAGUGCAUAAUGGCAUCACACAUACAUGUGACAUUUGUAGAAAGACAUUUUCAUACAAAUAUGAUCUUAAAGCUCACACGGAUACAAUACACAUUGGUAUGGCACUUGUGUGUGAUAUUUGCGGCAAGAAAUGUUCACGAAAAGGUUAUCUCAAAAAACACAUUGAUUCAGUGCAUAAUGGUGUAAAACAUACAUGUCUUAAAUGCGGCAAGGCAUUUUCGCAGCAGUGUCAUCUCAAAACCCACACUGAUUCAGUGCAUAAUGGUAUCACACCUACAUGUGACGUUUGUGGAAAGACAUUUUCAUACAAGUGUAACCUAAAAAGACACAUUGAUUCAGUGCAUAAUGGUAUCAAAAAGUCAUAAAUGCGGCAAGACGUUUUUAAAACAGUCUCAUCUCAAAGCUCACAUUGAUUCGGUGCGUAAUAUUAUUACACAUGCGUGUGAUAUUAGCAGCUUGAAAUUUUCUUGAUAUUUUAAUCUUAAAAAACACAUUGACUCAUUGUAUAAUGGUGUUGAAAAUGAUUGCAAGGUAUGUUGAUAAACUCUCACACGAAAAAAUUAUCUGAAAAACCAUAUGAAUCAAUAAGGUGCAUAAUUAUCUCACUGAUACAUGUGAUACAAGUGGAAAGUCAUUAAAACAAGAGGGUAACCUGAAAAAACACAUUUAGAUAGUACAUCAAUGCAUCAUUCAUGCUUGUAGUAUAGGCGGAAUGAAAUGCUGACCGAAGUGUAAUCUAAAAAACUAAUUGAA